AAACUUGCAACAAAUAAUGUGUGUGGAGUGUAGAUGGUGAUGAGGAUGAGGAUGAGGAUGAUUGGGUGUCGCUCCCACUAGUGGUGUUUGGUGAACUUGAUUCUCUUAGAAGAAUCUGUUUGUCGAUGGCUAUGCUUUUCCCUUUCCCUUUCCCUCUGUUUGUAAAUAGGAAUUGUAAUAGUGAUAUAUAAGCUCUCACUCUAACGCGGUCGUUUUUCUUGCAGUUGCAGUUGCAGUUGCAGGUUAUAUUAACUGUGAAUUUCAUUCACAAAACUUUUGCUUUUUUUUUUUUAUUGGGGAUACAUAGAUGGGUUGCUUUUCGUGUUUCUCGAGUUCGAGGGAGGAUCACAACCUCAAUCCAAGGCACCGCCAACCCAAUCCACCUAUACCUUCUCAAAUUUCCAGAUUGCCCUCUGGUUAAAAAGUUACGGUCUAGAAGCAAUGGAGGUUCCAAAAGGGAACUGCCUGCUCCCAAGGAUGGACCUGCUGUCCAAAUUGCUGCUCAAACUUUUACUUUCCGUGAACUUGCAGCUGCAACCAAAAACUUCAGGCCAGACUCCUUUGUAGGGGAAGGUGGUUUUGGAAGGGUCUACAAAGGGAGGCUCGAAAGCACUGGUCAGAUAGUUGCUGUUAAACAGUUAGACAAAAAUGGUCUUCAGGGGAAUAGAGAAUUCCUUGUGGAGGUUCUCAUGCUCAGUCUUCUACAUCACCCUAACCUUGUGAAUCUCAUCGGAUACUGUGCAGAUGGGGAUCAGCGCCUCCUUGUUUAUGAAUUUAUGCCAUUGGGAUCAUUGGAAGAUCACCUUCACUAUCUUCCCCCUGAUAAGGAACCACUAGAUUGGAACACUAGGAUGAAAAUAGCUGCGGGUGCUGCAAAAGGAUUAGAAUACCUGCAUGAUAAGGCAAAUCCUCCUGUCAUUUAUAGAGACUUCAAGUCAUCUAACAUAUUACUUGAUGAAGGAUACCACCCAAAGCUUUCUGACUUUGGUCUUGCAAAACUUGGUCCUGUUGGUGACAAAUCACAUGUUUCUACCCGUGUCAUGGGAACUUAUGGUUACUGUGCUCCUGAGUAUGCAAUGACUGGUCAACUAACUGUGAAGUCAGAUGUAUAUAGUUUUGGGGUGGUCUUCUUAGAGCUGAUCACUGGCCGUAAAGCAAUUGACAGCAGCCAGCCCCAAGGAGAACAAAACCUUGUCACAUGGGCACGUCCAUUGUUUAAUGACCGCAAGAAGUUUUCAAAGUUGGCUGAUCCAAAUAUGCAGGGACGGUUUCCCAUGCGGGGUCUUUACCAGGCUCUGGCUGUGGCUUCAAUGUGCAUUCAAGAAUCAGCUGCCACUCGUCCUUUGAUUGGAGAUGUGGUGACAGCCCUCUCAUAUCUGGCCAACCAAGCAUAUGACCCCAGCAAUGCUGGGCAUGGUCAUAGAGGGUCUAGUGAUGAUAAAAGGAACAGAGAUGAUAAAGGUGGAAGAAUAUUGAAAAAUGAUGAAGCAGGAGGAUCUGGACGCAGAUGGGACUUGGAAGGAUCCGAGAAAGAUGACUCCCCACGAGAAACUGCGAGGAUAUUAAACAGAGAUCUAGAUAGAGAACGUGCUGUUGCUGAAGCCAAGAUGUGGGGAGAGAACUUGAGACAAAAAAGGAAACAACAAAGUGUGCAGCAGGCCAAUUUGGAUGAUUCUAGCACUUAUUAGUUUCUUUCCCAAGCACCAUAUUUUACAUCUUGGCUUCCUCAGUUUUCUUUCUUCUGGCUACGUUUGGUGGAAACUAUUGGGAGUUCAUCUUCCAUUGAGCAGAUGUUGAGUAAUUCGUAUAGCCAUUUUGGCCAAAGACUGGGUUCUAACUUGUUUAGAAUCUGGUUAGCUGCCAUUUCUUGCAAUGUCUGCAACUGGAAUGAACCUAAUUACAAAAUCUAUUCUAACAGAACCUUUUUGGGCACUGUUUUCCCUUAUUUCUUUACUGUACUUUCUGCCUGAAUCUCUGUAAAUCGCUACACGGAUAAAAUGCUGCUUCCAUAUGUUUAUGCCAAUCUAAGUAGUCAGCGAUUAUUGUAAUCAACUAACGUGUAAUAAUCGUAAUUAUAAUGUAGCCUUCUACUUCGGCUAAUGAUGGAAAUUUUUUGCGUCUUCAUUCUUUAAUGAAAGUUGACCAAAAAAAAAUUUCUUUAGUGAAAGAGUGGGAACGAUUGUCGUUUUGCUUUUGUGAAUUAAGCCACUUUGACAAUGUGAUAGCCAUGGAUGUCGCUUAUAAUCGAUCAAUCAUGUACUAUGGUCUAAGGUAUCCCAUCUGUUUUGAGGUUCAAUGACAGUAGCUUCUUUG